AUGGCAUCCACCGAGAAGCGUCGCAAUUGGAGCCCAGAAGAAGACAUAACCCUUCUUAUUCAGGUUGCUGCAGACAGACCUUUUGCCGCCGAAAAAGGUCAGCUCAAGAAGGCAUGGCAGGCGCUGGCGGAUACCUUGAUGGCGUGUGAUCACUUCGGACGGGUCGUCGACGGAAAGAAGGUGCAGAACCGAUUCCUGGCCCUCGUGGAGGAGCACAAAAUCUUCGAUGCAGAGUCUGCACGACUGUCUGGCGUGGAUGCGGAAGAGCGUGAAAAACACGUCCUCUUGGACGACAUUGUCAAUCUCUUGGAUGAUAUGAAAAGUUUGCCAGCAAUUCGUUCCGAGGGACAAGAAGAAAAAGUCAAGAUCGAACAAGGUGAUUUGCUCCCGGGAGGGACCAAACGUAGCCAACAAAUCGCAGGACGUGAUGGGAUGACGCAAGCGCUUCAGCAUAAUGGCCAGAGCCUCGACGCCAAUGACGCGGUCACGGCACGAGGUAAUGACGACAUUGGGGACACCAAUCAGCGAAGUCAGUUGUAA